UCACCGAUCUCUCGUCACAAUGCAUUUCUCUUCCUGGACACCACUUGUGGUCUCCCUUCUCACAGUCUCAACCACUGCUAUUCCCGUCCUCGAAGUCCGCAAGAACGGCGGCGCCACCGCCGCUGCCACGAAAGGAGGUCCUGCUUCAGCAAAAGUUACGAUAUACAACCAAUACACCUGUGUUGCACCGAACACUCCUCCGCCCACAGACGGUAGCGCUGGUACUUCCAUUCAGUUCAGCGUCACAGAAGCCCAGUGCACAAUCCCCAACACCGGGCUGCAGUUCGGUGGAGCGUUGACAGCAAGUCUGACUGCAUCGCCCAAGACAGGUACCGCUGGAUGUAAGCUUGCUAGAUGUCUAACUGGUUGUGGGAUCGUGCUAAGCAAUGCAAUGUACGGAUGGCCAGUAGCAGGCAUCAGUGUUGGAGAUUCGCUCGGCUGCGGUAAUGCACCGUCUGGUACCUCAUGGUCUGCCUUUGAGAUCAUCUGCCCG